AUGACCUUGAAGACAUCUAAGGAGAUCUGGGAUUAUCUCAAGCAAGAGUAUGAAGGAGAUAAGAAGAUCAAAGGAAUGCAGAUGCUGAAUCUUGUAAGGGAAUUCGAAUUGCAAAAGACGAAGGAAUCUGAAACUAUUCAAGAGUAUUCAGAUAAACUUCUACGAAUUGCAAAUAAAGUGAGGUUGUUGGGGGGUGAAUUUACUGACUCCAGAAUAGUGCAGAAGCUGCUAGUGAUAGUUCCUAAAAGGUUUGAAACAACCAUCUUAGCCUUGGAGAACUCAAAAGAUUUGUCAAUCAUCACUUUGGCAGAACUUUUGAGUGUCUUGCAAGCACAAGAACAAAAAAGGCACAAGAGGCAGGAAGGGUCCGUUAAGGGUGCAUUGCAAGCCAAGUUGCAGGUUAGUCAAAGUCAAAAAGGAAAGAAGAAAGCGAAAAAGGAGGAUGGGUUUGAUAAGAAGGAGGGAGACAAAAAUAAGUGCGAUUUUCCUCCUUGCGAACAUUAUUGUGGGAAGAAGGGUCAUCCACCAUUCAAAUAUUGGAGGAGACCAGAUGUUAAGUGCAAUAAGUGCAAGCAAUUAGGGCAUAUUGCUAAAAUAUGCAAAAACAAAACUCAACAAGUGACAGAAGCUCAUGUUGCAGAUCAACAGGAGGAGCAUUUAGUAACUGCAAAGUGUUUUUCAGUCACAACCUCAAGUGAAAUAUGGUUAAUAGACAAUGGUUGCACUAGCCACAUGACCAGCAAUCAGGAGUUAUUUAUUGAUCUUGAAAAGGUAGCAGGAAUUACAAUAAAGAUAGGAAAUGGAGAUAAAUGA